AGCUUUUGUGCUAGGGGUUGGGUCGUCAUAAUCUCUGACCUAGAGAAGAGUAGAUUAUAUUUUAUAUGUUUUGAUCACGGUGACUAGGCAAAUCGUGAGACCCACAUAAUACAGUUAAACUGUGCCGGGGAUAAUGGUAUUAUUCACCGAACCAUUAUUUUUGCUUUGUAACGUGUAUAUAAAUCAAGUGUCUUGUGCACUCAAAGAACCCAUCACAACACUUUUUAUCUUUGUAAUCAAUCAAACUUCUUAUCUCAUGGCUUCAAUAAGCUUAACUGAAGUUAUCAUGGCCAUCAUCUUUUGCUUUAUCUUUCUCCAUUGCUUGCUUUUCAAGAAACACCAUAACCGUUUCCUUAGAAACUGGCCGGUUCUCGGGAUGCUUCCAGGUCUCCUAGUGGAGCUUUACCGUAUCUACGACUUCACCGUGGAGCUUCUUGAAAGCACCAACUUAACAUUUCUAUUCAAGGGACCGUGGUUUUCUGGAAUGGACAUGUUGGUCACGGUAGAUCCAACUAACAUUCACUACAUGCUAAGUUCAAACUUCCACAAUUACACAAAGGGUACUGACUUCAAACAAGUCUUCGAUGCUUUCGGAGAUUCCAUACUCACAACGGAGUCAGAAGCAUGGAAGAAUCUGAGGAAAGCUUCUCAGGUCAUGAUAAACCAUCAUGGCUUUCAAAAGCUGUCGGUGAGUACCACGAUGAGUAAACUCAAGGACGGGCUUGUUCCUCUUCUUGACCGCUUUGCAGAGGAAGGCACAACUGUGGACUUGCAAGACGUGUUCGGGAGGUUCAUGUUCGACACGACCUUAGUUACAGUAACUGGUUGUGAUGAUCCUCGAUCUCUCUCCUUUGAGAUGCCAGAGGUUGAAAGCGCUAAAGCUCUUCACGAUAUAGGAGAAGGGAUCUUGUAUAGGCAUGUCAAGCCUAGGCUCUUGUGGAAGCUACAAAACUGGAUUGGAGUCGGAACAGAGAAGAAGAUGGUAGAAGCUGGUGCCACUUUUGAUCGUGUGUGCGAAAAAUACAUAUCAGCCAAGAGAGAAGAGAUAGCAAGAUGGAAAGGGAAUAAUAAAAGCGAAGAUAUUCUGACAUCUCACUUGAAGCUUGAUGCAACCAAGUACAAGCUCUCGAGCUCUAUUGAUGAUAAGUUCCUAAGAGACACUAUCCUAACGUUCAUUCUAGCUGGGAGAGAUACUAUUGCUUCAGUUCUCACUUGGUUCUUCUGGCUUUUGUCCGAAAAUCCUUACGUGUUGAACAAGAUUCGCCAAGAGAUGGACACAAAUCUACCACCAAGUACAAGUAGUAGUGAUUAUGAUCCAACGGAGCAGCUUAACAAGCUUGUGUAUUUACACGCAGCGUUGUGUGAAACAAUGAGGCUUUAUCCACCGGUUCCUAUCGAGCGUGUGUCUCCCGUACGAUCAGAUGUGCUUCCAAGUGGGCAUAAAGUGGAAGCAAACUCGAAGAUUAUAAUCUUGAUUUAUGCGUUGGGUAGGAUGAAAGCCGUGUGGGGAGAAGAUGCAUCAGAGUUCAAGCCAGAAAGAUGGAUAACUGAGACCGGAGUGUUGAGACAUGAGCCUUCCUUCAAGUUCUUAGCUUUUAAUGCAGGGCCAAGAACAUGCCUUGGUAAGAAAAUAGCUAUGGUUCUUAUGAAGGCAGUGGUUGUGAAGAUAUUGCAGAACUUUGACGUUAAGGCUGCUGAAAGUCAGAAGAUCGAACCAGGCCCUCAUUUAAUUCUUAGCAUGAAGCAUGGCUUUAGGGUUUCAAUCAGUAAGAGAGCGUGAAGAAAUGUUCAAGGUUGUUUUUUUUUUCUGUUGCAAAAACAUAGCUUGAGAGUAUUAACAAGCUGUCUAAAAUUGAAUUUGAACUGUUGGGCAUUUUAGUUUUGUAAUGGGUUUAUUGUAUGCUCUAGUUUGUAAUAAGCUCUUUCGCGUUAAUUAAUUAAAUAUUGCAUCUUCAUUUUUUUCA